AUGGUGUUUUUUGGCUACAUGGUGUUCAGCAUAGUGCUCGGGCUCCUGGCCGACAGGUAUGGCCGCUGGAAGAUCCUACUGCUCUCCUUCCUCUGGGCAGCCUAUUUCUCCCUGCUGACCUCGUUUGCCCCAUCCUACAUCUGGUUUGUGUUCCUGCGGGCCAUGGUAGGCGGUGGCGUGUCAGGCCACGCGCAAGGACUUAUCAUAAAAACUGAGUUUUUGCCCACCAAAUACCGGGGAUACAUGUUGCCCUUAUCUCAGGUGUUUUGGCUGGCAGGAUCCUUGUUAAUCAUUGGCCUGGCAUCAGUGGUGAACCCAACCAUCGGCUGGCGGUGGUUGAUCAGAAUUGCCUCCAUCCCUGGCAUCCUUCUCAUCCUGGUGUUCAAGUUCAUCCCAGAGUCAGCACGGUACAACAUGUCCACGGGAAACACGGGGGCUGCUCUGGCCACGCUGCAGAGGAUAGCCAGGAUGAACGGGGUGGCCAUGCCACAGGGACAGCUGAGGGAGCCUGCCAAGGAAAGAAGGGGAAGAUUCAAGGACCUCAUCCACCCCAAAUACCUCAGAACCACUUUGCAGAUAUGGAUUAUAUGGCUCGGCAUAGCUUUCGCUUAUUACGGUGUCAUAUUGGCCAGCGCUGAGUUGCUGGAGAGGGACCUUGUCUGUGGCUCCACAGCCCCACCACUGCAGGACUCCAGCAGUGACCCUGAGGAGAGCCACAGCCCCUGCCACUGCCACUUGUUUGGGCCCGCUGCCUAUCAGACCAUGAUCAUCAGCACAGUCGGGGAGAUCGCACUAAAUCCUGUGAACAUUCUCAGCAUCAAUCUCCUUGGAAGACGUCUAAGCCUGUGUAUCACCAUGGGAUGUACAGCUCUGUUCUUUCUGCUUCUUAAUAUCUGCACCUCGAGUGCAGGCAUGGCUGGCUUUCUCUUCAUGCUGCGUGCCUUGGUUUCAGCAAACUUCAACACCAUCUACAUUUACACAGCAGAGGUUUAUCCCACCACAAUGCGAGCACUGGGGAUGGGGACAAGUGGGUCAUUGUGCCGUGUGGGAGCAAUGGUGGCUCCAUUUAUAUCACAAGUUCUUAUGAGCGCUUCUUUCAUGGGGGCCCUGUGUCUCUUCUCCUCCGUGUGCAUCAUCUGUGCCAUCUCUGCAAUCACACUGCCCAUCGAGACCAAGGGCAGGGCCCUGCAGGUGGGUACCAGCACGCCAGGAGCUCCUCUGGAUCUAAAUGCUGUUAGGGGAUGAUGCAGCCAGAAU